GCAUCGCCCGCCGUUUUGAUUUUCUUCUCUUUCGAUCCCCCUCUCUGCUGCAACCUCACGCCGCCGCCGCCACCGCCGCGAAAAUCCCCAUCUUCUCCGCUCGCUCGCUCGCUGUCGAGGUCUGCUCCAAUAAGUUUUCCGAUCGUUGUAGGUGAUUGUGACGCACUGCAACAUGGUGUGGUGCAGUAAUUGUGUGAAAAAUGUUGCUGGGUCUCGAGAUAAUGCUGGUUUCCAAUACUGUGAUAUGUGUGGGAAGGUGUUGGAUUUUUACAAUUUCUCUCAGGAUCCUACUUUUACAAAGGAUUCUGGAGGGCAGAGUCAAUUGUCAGGAAAUUUUGUUAGAUCUAUUCAGAGUAAUUAUUCUGCUUCACGGGAAAGGACAUUAAGUAGAGCUUUUGAUGAUAUGAGAUAUAUGAGGAAUGGCUUAAACAUGGGUGAGAGUGAUGAAAUAAUUCGUGUAGCUGGGGCAUUUUAUAGAAUUGCAUUAGAGAGAAAUUUUACCCGUGGACGCAAUACAGAGUUUGUUCAAGCUGCUUGCCUUUACAUUGCUUGUCGGGAAAAGAAUAAACCAUAUCUUCUAAUUGACUUUUCAAAUUAUUUGAGGAUAAAUGUCUAUGUGUUGGGCGCUGUAUUUUUGCAACUUUGUAAAGUGCUAAGACUUGAAGAGCACCCUAUUGUUCAAAAGCCAGUUGAUCCUUCCCUUUUUAUAGAUAAAUUUACUCAAUGUUUGCUUGGAGGAACAAAGGACGAUGGAAUGAAAAAGGAGGUUUCCAGAACUGCAUUGAAGAUUAUAACCAGCAUGAAGCGUGAUUGGAUGCAGACUGGGAGAAAGCCUAGUGGCCUAUGUGGUGCGGCUUUAUACAUAUCUGCACUUUCUCAUGGUGUCAAGUGUUCCAAGUCUGACAUUAUAAAGAUUGUGCAUAUUUGUGAUGCAACAUUGACUAAGCGGUUAAUUGAGUUCGAGAAUACAGAAUCUGGCAGCUUAACGUUGGAGGAAUUUAUUGUCAUGGCAGACAAGGCCAAGGGAAGCAACUCUGAGCGCACUGAUGGAUCCAAUAAUGGCUUGAAUUCAUCGAGUGAUGAAGUACUUUGCGUGCAUAAGAAUGACACCACAAAGCCAUAUGCUCUUGGCCUUUGUAGAAUUUGUUAUGAUGAUUUUGUUGAGCUUUCCGGAGGACUUGAUGGGGGAGCAGAUCCUCCAGCAUUUCAAACUGCUGAGAGAGAAAGACUCGCAAAAGAAAUGGCUGAGGAGGGUUCUAAUGACUCUAGUGCUAUUGGCAAAUUUUCACAAGGACUAAACCCAUGCAACAAUAUUGAAAAAGAAUUGGACAAUUUACAUGCAGCAGAUGCAUCAAAAACUGUUAGUUCUAAAGAAGCUGAAGCAGCAAAAGGAGCUGCUGGAGAUGAGCAAAGAGAACUCGAUGAUGGUGUUAAUAAACUUGGAGAUGAUGCCUUGAGAACCUGUGCUUCAGAUGAAUCAGAAAGUUGGUCUGAUAUUGAUGAUAUUGAGGUUGAUGGUUAUCUUCACAAUGAGGAGGAGAAACAUUACAAAAAGAUAAUUUGGGAAGAGAUGAACCGGGAGUAUCUUGAGGAACAAGCAGUUAAGGAAGCAGCUGCUGCUGCUGCGAAGAAGGCUUAUGAGGCCAAUUUCGAAAAUUGUUCAGAAGAUAUGAAGGCUGCAAAGGAUCUUGCAGAUGCUGCAGCCGCUGCUGUUGCAAAAUCUAGAAAGGAAAGACAACGAAAACGAGCUGCAGAAGCCAAAAAUGUGUCCCCUGCACAAACAGCAGCAGAAGCCACCCGACAAAUGUUAAAUAAAAAGAGACUCAGCUCGAAAAUCAACUAUGAUGUGCUCGACAAACUCUUCGACGAAUCUGCUGGUACAGAGCUUUCGGCGAAGAAGAAACGCGCAGAACAGGCUGGAGAGACCGACAAGACAAAAGAUGAAACCAAAGAAUUUGAAUCCACAGAGUUCAAACAUGGUGAACAGGAACAGGAGAAUGAUUAUGAUGGUGAUGGAACAUAUGGUUCUGGUCUGUAUUACGAGAAUAUGGAAGAACCAUACAGCUAUGAACAUGAUUAUGGGUACGACGAAUACGAUUGAUACCGAUAUCUCAGGCGUUCAAGAUUGCGGGCUAGUGCUUGCUGUCGUUAGUUAUAGUUGAUCUUAUAUUCAUUGGCUGCUAUGUGUUCUAUCAGAUGAACAUUAAGCAUGCAACUUGCAUUAUCUUUAAUUUUGCUAUCCCAUUUGUUUAAAUCUUAUUUCAUAAGGUUUUGUGAGGAAA